AUGUCCUUCCGCAAACGAAAUGUAGGGCUCGCCGGCCCCUCCUCUGCGCCUCCUUCCCCCAAGGACUCUCCCGUCACCCAUGCCAGUGUGCCCGGAGUGCGCCCAUCUCCCCUGGACGGCCGACCCACAACCUCGACCGGCACCCAAACCCUCGAUGACCUCCUCGCCGGGCACGCAGGCCUCGCCCUCGGCAACUCGUUGCUGGUGGAGGAAAACGGCACCACGGACUUUGCGGGGGCCUUGCUGCGGUAUUACGCCGCCGAGGGGGUGGUCCAGGGACAUAGGGUGCAUGUUGUGGGCGUAGGGGAGCAAUGGGGACGGGAGCUGCCUGGGCUUGUGGGAGGUGGUGGUGCGGUUGGUAAGGAGAGUGGAUCCGGUGUUGGGGUUGAUCAGGAGAAGAUGAAGAUUGCGUGGAGGUAUGAGAGGUUGGGGGAGUUUGGGACCGGGACUGCUGGAGCAAGAGCGACACCAGCGCCCAAUCGCAACCCAGUACCAUCAAGCCCAGGCCAAUCCGACUCCACGGUCACAAUUCCGUUUUGUCACAGCUUCGACUUGACCAAACGCCUCUCGCUCCCAACUUCUGGCACCAUCAGCUUCACCGCCAUUUCUCCCACCGCGGAGAAUCCGUUCGCUUCCAUUCUCCAAUCCGUUACCCUGGCAAUCGCUUCCUCUCCUCCCAACACCAUCCACCGCCUGAUAAUUCCCACUCUCCUCUCUCCAGCUCUUUUCCCGCCUUCCGCCAGCCAUCCCGGGCACCUCCUACCCUUCCUACAUUCCCUUCGUGCUCUCCUUCGCCACCACUCCACCCGCAUGAGUGCCAUGCUCACCCUCCCACUCUCGCUGUAUCCACGCUCGACAGGCCUUGUCCGCUGGAUCGAGCAUCUGUGUGACGGCGUGCUCGAACUGGCCCCCUUCCCUCACUCGAUCGAUGUCGAGCCGCCGUUGACCACGAGCUCCGGUUCUGGCAAGGCUGAGGAGAAGCCGCAAGGAAUGCUGAAGAUCCACAAAUUGCCCGUGCUGACCGAAAAAGGGGGAGGUGGCGGCGGAGGUGACGACUUGGCGUUUUCGUUGAGUAGGAAGAGAUUUGUGAUCAAGCCGUUCAGUCUACCGCCCGUUGAAGGAGACCAGGAGGCGCAGAGGGGAGAAGCGGAGGGUGGGAAGGUGGGAAAGGUGGAUAUUGAAUUUUAA